UCUUAUACCAGAACUCUCAUCGUCCGUUUAAUAUCCACUGCUCAGACUGGCUUUUUCUACACGACUCAGCGGGUAAGACAAGGAUUGCCACUUUCUGCAAUAAAGUACGACCCGAAAGUAAAGAGACGCGUUCUGUUUGUUGAAAGUAAAAAAUCGAAGAAGGGCUAG